AUAUUAUCCAUAAGGAAUUUUUGAACUCAAGUCUGCAACACAACGCUCAUUGUCCCUACAACACAACCAAAGCAAUCAUCUGCCACAAAAACCUUACAUUUCCAAACUAUGUUCAACAAAUGUUUUCUCUCUCACAAUCUUGUUUUAGGGUUCAUCACAACAAAAUCAACAGCCCCUAAAUCCGAAUCUCUUUUUCAAUUUCAAAACUUUUCCUUACCAAUUUCACUCAGAUACUGCACCACCACCACCACCACCACCACAACAACAACAACAGCAUCAGAAUCAGAAUCAGACACACUCCCAUUCGCUGUAUCAUACCUCAUCAACAAUUUUGGUUUCUCACAUGAAUCAGCUCUCAGAGCUUUCAACAACAAACAGGUUCGUUUCAAUACCAUAGAAAAGCCUAAUUCAGUUAUCAACUUCUUUAAAAACCAUGAAUUUUCACAUUCCAACAUACGCACCAUCAUAAAAAAAGAACCUUGGUUACUUUCAUCAAAACCCCACAAUGUAAUUUUGCCAAAGUUUCAAUUUUUUCUAUCCAAAGGUGCUUCUUAUUCUGAUAUCGUUUCAUUGUUGACAGCAUACCCUAGAAUUUUACAAAGUAGCUUGGUGAAACGAAUAAUCCCUAUUUUUGAAUUAUUAAGUAAGUUCUUGAAAACCAACAAGGAUACCAUUGUUUGCUUAAUUCGAAAUUGGCCUUCAUUUGUUGAUUAUCCAUAUGACCGUAUUGCGGCUAAUAUUAAUUUGCUGAGAGAUUUUGGAGUAUGUGAUUCUGGCAUUGCUAGAUUGAUUCUGACAGGACCAUCUAUACUUGGUUCAACUGAUUUGAUUAAUACUUUGGAGGAAGUUAAGGGUUUAGGGUUUGAUCCUUCAACUUCCACUUUUGUGAUAGCUUUGGUUGCAAAGAAAUGUAUGAUUAAAAAACUUUGGGAUGAGAAAGUUGAUGCCUUUAAAAAGUGGGGUUGGUCUGAUGAAGAUAUUAUGGAAGCAUUUAGAAAGCAUCCUCACUUUAUGUUUACAUCCAUCGAUAAAAUUAAUUUAUUGAUGGGAUUUUGGGUCAAUCAGUUGGGUUGGGAUGCUACGCCCAUUGCCAAACUACCAAAGAUUUUUGGUUCAAGUCUGGAGAGAAGGAUCAUACCAAGAGCCACGGUUGUGCAAUAUCUUUUGAAGAAAGGUUUGCUGAGAAAGAAAGCAAGCUUAACUGCUCCAUUUGUAGUCAGCGAUAAGUUGUUCCUUGACAAAUAUAUAAACUGUUAUAAGGAGGAGUCAUCUUAUCUAUUAAAGCUUUAUGCAGAAACACUGAAACUUGCACAAACCAAGGACAAAACUGACCAAAUGUCAUGAACAAAUUUUCAGUGGUGCCAUGUGCUUGUUUCUUCGCUCAUAGCUCAAGUCAAUUACAGUCAAGCCCAAAUUACACCAUGAGUUCAAGAUCUUCUUCCUUGAAAAUUCUGUCUGAUGUUGAAUUGGAAACAUUGCUAAAAUAACAGUGAGUCUGGUUGUAUCUGAUAGUCAUCAAAUCUUGAUGUUAUAAAUUGAAGCUUUUUAUUAUUCGAAUCAUAUGCAGACCUUUUCUGUGCAGUGACUACAGUUGGAUCAGUAUGUUGAAUGUAUUGAAUACUCCAAAUCAUUUCUCCCAAAAAAAUUAAAGGACGGUUAAUGAAUGGUUCGUACUCAAGCCUAAAGGACAGUUAACGGUUGGUUAGGCACUGCAGGGUAAACCUGCAUAACAAAUUAACAAUAGAUCCCUAGUAGAAAGCAAAUCUUGAGUUUCCAAAUAAAGUAAAGAAUACUUGUAACAGAAUCAAUGUUAAGUUAGUUACCUAUUUAUUACAUCAGGAGUAGCAGUCCUUAUUUAGGAUUAUCAGAUGACAUAAUUUUCUUCAUUUCUAGUACACCAGGCAUGGCUGGGAACAUCAAAUUUAUUUUAUAUUUUAUGUUAUUGAGUCUUUGUGCUCACUAUGUUUGGGUGAUGUUUUCAGGUUUAUUCUGACAUUGGAAAGUUGAAUAGUAUCUUCGGACUACUCGUCAGCGGUUCAAUGUAGAGCUUAUUUGUCGCCCAAUCACAGUCAAAGUCAUAGACUAGGAGCUUGUUAUCCAUUAUAUUUGAUAGUUUUUAAUGUAAUUGUUGUAUAUUUAAAGCCUCAAAAUUAUUCAAAAUUUAUCAAGCUCGUAAUUUUUAGGCUUAAUUGUACAAUUAAACACAGGAUUUUCGAACAUCCUAUAUGCGGAAUUAUUGGCUGUAUAUAGUUUUGGCUUGGGGUUGGAAAUUAAAGAGCUUAGGUGUUAUUCUCA